AUGAAGAAAGUUUUGAUUGAAGUUGCAACAGGACUUCCGACAGUGUUUGGUAGAGAAGGAAAAGAAAGAAUGUUCAGUCCUCCCUCUAUUUCAGAGAAAGCUUUGAUUGAAGUUGCAGAACUUCAUUCUAGCGGUAACUUUAGAACUUCAUUGGUUGCAAUGGUAGACUUCCGGCGGCGGACUGCAGUGGCCAAUAAAACAGAGGAACCUAGCGGCAGCAAGAUUUAUAACCUGAAGAAAACUUUGAUUGAUUCCCUCUAUGGCACGGAUCGAGGGCUGAGGGCCUCUAGCGAGACUAGAGCAAAGAUCGUGGAGCUCAUCACCCAAUUGGAGGCCAAGAACCAGUACACCUCUUUCAUGGGCUUAUUCCCGCUGUUCCCAAGAGGGACGCUGCCACUAGUAAAGGUGGAGGAGAUAUCUCAGAGCAUAGACUCAUCAAACUUCAUGGUGGAGAAUGUGGUCCAGUUCACUGGGCCUUUGGCCACCACAACCUUGAGCACCAAUGCCAAGUUUGAAAUCCAAAGGUCCAAGUGCGUCUAG